AUGCAGUACCCACUGAGACACCGGAUGUCCCGUGGCCAUUCCUAUGAAGAGCGAACUGUGUGGAACCCAAAGUACUGUGUGGUUGCUGACUGUCAGAUGCUGCUUCUGAAUGAGGAGGAGGUGGAGAGGCGCGCUGCGUCAUGCAAGGUCCAUCUUCUGCGUCGCACCAUCAGCGUUCCAGUGGAAACACAGUUUCCAGAAUUCCACAGCCAGCUGUCCACCGAGAGCGGUAAGCAGCCUGAGGACAUGCCUCUGCAGUGA